CAUACAUCCUUAACAUUCUAGAGAGAGAGAGAAGAGAGAGAGAGAGUUAGAGGGGAUUCUCAGAGAAAAAAAUGGGUGACUUGCAAGAUACAUCCCAACACCCCAGUAAAGAUAUUACUAAAGAUGCAACAGGAAAGGAAUCCAAGCUGGAGUUCACUGAAGAUGAAGAAAGUCUCAUUGGCAGAAUGUUUAGAUUGGUUGGACAGAGGUGGGGUUUGAUUGCUGGGAGAAUACCAGGAAGAAGUGCAGAAGAGAUUGAGAAGUACUGGACUUCAAAGUCUAGCAGCAGCUCGUCAAGUAAACACAAUAGCUUUUGAGCCCGAGUGCUCAAUCCCUCAAAUUGACUACUUGUUGUGAUAUAGAACACUAGAACCAUAGGCACAAUUCUUGGUUUGUUUGUGAGUUUUCUGAUUGAAAGUACAAACCAAGGAGGCAAGGAUUGAGCCACAAUUGUCAUUUCACUCAUACACACCCUUAAAAAGUAGUGUGUAUUUUAAGUGUCCAACUUAAGUGUGCAUAGGAGAAUUUCUGUGUGUGUAUAUAUAUAGUUGUGAAUGAUAAUUAUCUUGCCUUUUUUUUUUUGGGAACCGAGGAACCAUC